AUGCGUAAAGCAGGACAGACUGUGAACGAAACACCAUUCAACGAAUCUCGAUCAAAAUUCGAAGAAUACCGGAAAGAGUUGUACGAACAAUUUAUACAGCAGCAAGCAUCCAAUCUAUCAAAGAACCCAAAAGAAUUCUGGAAACAUUUAAACCAACGAAGAAAAUCAAACAACCUUCCAGAUAUUUUGAACUUUGAGAACAAGACAGCCACGACUGAUCAAGAAAAAGCAGAUUUAUUCGCCGAAUACUUUGAAGACGUUUAUGUGAACCAUGAGGAGGACGAGUUUUUGGACUCCUUCAUCAUGAAUCGUGAUGAAGAAAAUUGUUACGAUCUGACCGUUUCACAAGAACAUUACGUGAAAGUGAUAAAUGCUAAGUCAAGUUUGAUAGUUGUGUCUUCAGGAGUGGGACAAGGAUCUGUAAACGGCCCGUUACUGUUCGUCGUAUUCUUUGACGACUCGGAUCCAUUGAUGGACGAGAUAAUAUCGCUGAACUUUGCCGAUGAUAAAAAACUCGCCGAAUUCAUUAACGGGACUGAGGACGCUAUGCAACUCCAAGAAGGGUUGAACGAAUUUAUGACGUGGUGUGCCGAUAACAAAAUGAUAGUCAACGAAGAGAAAUGCAAGGUUAUCACGUUCACCAGAAAGAGAAAUCCUCUCAUUUUCAACUACACGAUUAACGGUAAACAAAUCAAACGUGUCGAGGAGAGUAUGGAUUUGGGCGUGCUUGUCGACAAAGGAUUCACAUUCCGGUCACAUUAUGAAUACGUAACCAACCGAUCUAUCAGCACAUCGAAAUUUGUGAAACGGCAGUCACAAUUUUUUGGCAUGGAUACUAUCAAAGUGAUAUAUCAAAUGUUAGUCCUCAGCAUCCUGGAAUUUUCGGCUCCGGUUUGGUCACCCAAUUACCUCAUACACCGAAAUAGCAUUGAGAGUGUCCAGAAGCAGAUGGUGUUAUUUUUGCUCGGCGACGACAGACGACAUCUGACGCAAUCUUACGAACUACCACCAUAUACCGAAAGGUGCGAACAACUCGGAUUGAUAACACUGAUCAGACGUCGUAUUAAUGCAAUCAUUUUGUUCAUUCAUGCAUUAAUCAUCGGAAAGUACCAAUCGCCGUACCUGCGUUCGCUGAUCACACUCAAUCCUGGAACGCGUAUCAUGCGGAACCCGGACUUUAUUAAAAUCGGAACACACGACAACUCACCAUUUGUUGUGGCAUGCAUUUUAUUCAAUAUAGCAGCACGGCAUGUUGACCCGACGCUGCCGAGUGGUCAAUUCCGCACCUCUUUGCUAAGACUUCCCGACGACCUGUUUCACCGAUGGGUGGCACUGUGA